CAUAAAAUAAUCCACAAAACACAGAAAUUGAGCUUCUGGGUGAGACAAGCAGAGAUGUCUUCAACUUCAAUCUCACAAAUGCUUUGUAUCAAUUUUCUCUUCUAAUAAUCCAAAACUCCCUCUCUCCUUCAUCCUUAACUUCAACCUCUUUCAAUUUUUCAACCUGGGUAUCAAUCUUUUUUAUGUUUAGUUAAAGUUUAAGAUGUGAAAGGCAGCAUCUUUAUGCAAAAAAGAUUGUCUCUCUCUCUCUCUCUCUCUAUUUUUAUCUUCUUGGUUCUGGGUCAGUUUUGUAAGACAUGAAUGUAAGUAGUGUAAAAGGAUCCAUGUCAAUUAGCAGUUCAACUUCCACUUGGAAAGCAGGAGAUACAAUUAGUGAUCAGUUUCCUGCUGGUUUAAGAGUUCUUGUUGUUGAUGACGAUCCAACUUGUUUAAUGAUCUUGGAGAAGAUGCUAACAGCCUGCCUUUAUAAAGUUACCAAAUGCAAUCGAGCGGAGACGGCAUUGUCCAAACUCCGAGAGAACAAAAAUGGGUACGAUAUUGUUCUUAGUGAUGUGCACAUGCCGGACAUGGAUGGAUUCAAACUUCUUGAGCAUAUUGGUUUGGAAAUGGACCUCCCUGUUAUCAUGAUGUCAGCAGAUGAUGGGAAACAGGUUGUUAUGAAGGGCGUUACCCACGGUGCCUGCGACUACCUAAUCAAACCAGUUCGUAUCGAAGCACUCAAGAACAUAUGGCAGCAUGUGGUUCGAAAGAGGAAGAAUGAGUGGAAGGAGUUUGAGCAGUCAGGAAGUGUAGAAGAAGGGGACCGGCAGCCUAAACAAUCUGACGAUGCUGAUUACUCGUCCUCGGCUAAUGAAGGGAACUGGAAAGGCUCAAAAAGGAGGAAAGAUGAGGAAGAGGAAACCGAUGAGAGGGAUGAUACUUCUACGCUGAAAAAGCCGAGGGUUGUGUGGUCUGUUGAGCUCCAUCAACAAUUUGUUGCAGCGGUUAAUCAACUAGGCAUUGAUAAAGCUGUUCCGAAAAAAAUAUUGGAGUUGAUGAAUGUUCCUGGCCUUACCAGAGAAAACGUCGCGAGUCACCUUCAGAAAUAUCGUUUGUAUCUUAGACGGCUGAGUGGGGUAUCGCAGCACCAGAGUAAUCUGAGUACUAUUAUCAGUGCCCAAGACCCAACUUUUGGGUCACUGUCUUCACUCAGCGGGCUUGACCUUCAAACCCUUGCUGCCACUGGUCAACUUCCUGCACAAAGUCUUGCCAGACUCCAAGCAGCAGGGCUUGGUCGUGCAACUGCUAAAUCCGGCAUACCUAUCACCCUUGUUGAUCAAAGAAACAUCUUUAGCUUUGAAAACCCCAAGUUAAGAUUUGGAGAAGGGCAGCAACAACAUAUGACCAAUAAGCAGCAAGUAAAUUUACUUCAUGGAAUUCCAACAACCAUGGAGGCAAAGCAGCUUGUGAGCUUGCGACACGCUGCACAAUCAGUCGGAAACAUGAAUAUGCAAGUGCCUCCCCCUGGUCCACAAAGUAGCCAAAAUAAUCCUUUAUUGAUGCAGAUGGGGCAGCAGCAGCAGCAGCAGCAGUCAAGAGGGCAGAUACUCGUUGAUUCCACUAUUAAUCAUGCUCCUAGGCUCUCAUCAAUGGGGCAGCCAAUAUUGUCCAAUGGAAUGGCCACCAAUGUGUCUUCCAGAAAUGGAAUCCCUGAAAAUAUUAGAGCCCCUGGUUAUUCUCAGACUCCUUCAAUGUUGAAUUUCCCCAUGAAUCAUGCUUCCGAACUACCUGGUAACUGUUUCCCUCUCGGAAGUACACCUGGGGUAUCUAAUCUCACAUCGAAAGGGGCUUUUCAGGAAGAUGUUAACUCAGAAAUUAAAGGAUCCGGAGGGUUUAUGCCCAGUUACGAUGUAUUUAACGACUUGAAUCAACAUAAACCCCAAAGUUGGGAGCUACAGAAUGUCGGCAUAGCAUUUGAUUCCUCUCAGCAUUCAAACUCUCUUCAAGGCAACCUCGAUCUUACGCAGUCUGCUUUAGGCCAACAAGGAUUUUCUUCAGGCCAAAUGAAUGGACACAACAGGAGUGCUGCUGUUGCAAGCAAGGCAGUGUUCUCAACUGGCGAUGUUAAGGAGCUCAGAAGUGCACAAAACGUUAACCAACAUCUCAACAACCUUCUUGUUGACAAUACAAUAAGGGUCAAGUCCGAGAGAGUUUGCGAUACCAGCCCUGCCAAUAUAUUCCCCGAUCACUUCGGACAAGAUGAUCUCAUGAGUGCUCUUCUCAAACAGCAAGAAAGUGUUGCAUCAUCUGAAAACGAGUUUGACUUCGACGGGUAUUCUAUGAAUAAUAUUCCAGUGUAGGGUGUUAUUCCAUACCCCAGUUCACAUCGUGAUUGCAGUUUCCGAUGUACAUAUCCAUUGUAACGGAAAAGUUAUCACUUCAGCAAUCAAGUUAGUAGGAACUUGAGUUUGUUCAAGAUACUGCGUUUUGCUUAGUUGGAAGAUGGUGUCUUCACGUUGUGAAUAUCAUGUUCUGCUGGGUUUCUUUGAAGCUUACCAGGGCCAGAUAAUUGGUGAAGUGUCUAAGAUACACUUCUGCAUGAUAUGCAAAGGUGCUCAUGCAGAAUUUUGAUUGUAUUUGGUAGCGAAAUCUGGCAGGAAUCGACUAAUUAUCGCGUGCUUUCUCUAAAAUUGUCAAAGUUGUGGAGCCACUGUUUGUAGGUGUCAGCAGACUAUGGGAAACUCUCUAACUCUAAUAGCAGAUUUUAAGUUUGCUCCUUUUUUCUUCUUAAUCAGAGGAAUUAACUAUGUUAUGUACAUACGCUAUUUGAUUGCUCUAGACAGAAAGUCUGGGUAUUAAUCUCUUCCUAUUUAAGUUUCAAUAUCAUUCGAUUGCUCUAUA